GUCGGGAAGACCCCUUGGUGCGCCGGUUUCUGACGAUCGUGCGGAUGGGGCUGAGCAGGACAACAACAAGAAUGAGAAGUUCGCGGACGACGACUCUCAACAACCAAUUGGUGAGAGCGUGCCUGCGCCUGCAGUGGAAAUCUUGUCGGUAGAAACUACGGCUGAACCGGCAGCGAUGCUUGUGGAUGAUACGCAUACAGCGGAGCCGGUAGUACUGCAAUCUGCAGAAAAAACAGAGUCUGUGUUGGUUUUAUCUGAAUACGAGACAGCAUCGAAGGCAACCGCGGCAGGACCAGCAGACAGAGCAGAACCGGAAGUGGAGGAAUCGUCAUCGGCGGCUUCAACGCUUGCGACAUCUGCAGAUACUGUCGUGGUGGCCACGGAAACUGAUCAAGCAAAAGACGAGGUCGUAGUCGAAAAGUACGAAUUUACACCAGUGGAGGUGGCCGACGUGUGCACGAGCUUGGAGUCGAGUAAAGAGCGGGAAGUUGAGGUUAACGAAAAUGACAGUGCCUACGCGCAUCUGCCUGAAGAACAUCAUCACGAUGAAAACAUGACAGAGGCAAUUCGAGAUGCUGUAGCACCACCGGCUGCUGUUGUAAUAGACACGACUUCUGUCGUCGAGACACAAGAGCCUGUCCUACCGAACACGUCCAGAAGCACAGCGCAAGACAUGUCUUCACAGGUUGCUCCGCUCUCAGAGGCCAAUGUUAGAAGUAUUGAAACAAAAGCUACCGCAUCAAAGACAUCGGAAAUCGUCGCGGAAAAGCCAGCGGCGCAGGUGCCAAAAGCAGCUUUGCAAGACGAUGACGUGGCGAGCCUUUUAUCGUCUAGCGUCGAAGCCAUAGAAGAAGAAGUGAUGGAAGAUAUGGAUCCCUUUCGUAUAGAGGAGCUGAGCGACAGUCCGAAGAACACCGCCCAAGAUGAAACCAAGAACGCUGUUGAAAAUAAAACACAAGACUUACAUGUGGUUGAUAGUGCAGGAGGAGAUAAAGUAGAUAAAAGAGCUGAUUCCGGAGCUGCCGUUUCUUCUGCGCCUUCGAAUCCUGAAGCUGUACCAGUCUCUCACGACGUCGACGAGGGUGUAGAACAGCAGGUCGUAGAAGUGCCGCCGACAGACACGAUAGAAGUAACAGAGUGUGUUUCUCCGGGAAAAAGUACAAACCAAAAGUCAGACUCGGAGGUUGAGAAUGCUUCUGUCGAAAAAGGAAAAGGGCUCUCGGCUGUACUAAGAAAGAUUCCUGUGUCAGCCUCGAGUGGAGCUCCAGAUAGGCUUGAGGAUGCGCAGGCUGUUGCGAUGGGUCCUUUUUCAGCCGACCCGAUAUCUGCAAUAUCUGACCAGUCUGACGAAGACGUAAGACCUGAUUUCAACAUGAUGACAUCAAAUGAUCUGGAUACCACGUCGAAAGAAUCCCUGCUCGAGGAUCUCAACAGUGCUCAGCCAGAAAGUGGCAGCUGUGCCAAAGACUAUAACGUUUUGGCUCAGACUUCGAGACUCAAGCAGCCUAUUCCCCUUGUUACAAACCACGAACGAUUUUGUAACAAAAUGCAUGAUUGUAUUACCGCUUCAGCAGGAGUCGAGGAAGUUGGAGACCUUGCUGUGCAUGCACUGAGCAAAGACGAGAACGUGAAAAAUCACAGCACAAACAUAAAUCUGGAUGAUAGCCUAGCAUUCGCUGCGUUGGAGGAGGUAGCCGGACGCAAUAUUGAGCCAGUACUAACCACUGCUGAUACAACAUCUUCACGUGAUUUUAGUUCUAGAGCUAGAGAGUCACCCUCCGCUUCCUCUAGUAACCAGGUCCUAGUCGAGGACGCGUCAUAUCAUGGAAAUGCCAGUGUAGCGGGAACAUUUUAUACAGCGAGUAUUGGUUCAAAUCGCGACAGCUUCGGUCUUGGUGGCGAAGAGCAAACGCCUAGACAAAACACAAGCCAAGCAGGGGAUGAGUUCGUGGAUGCGGUAGGCGACUUUGCCGAUGUCGUAGAAGAGCAGAGUGGCUCGCCAGAAGAGAAUUAUGGUCGUGACAACAACUUCUUUGUCGGGAGUAAUCCCUUCCGAUAAAGGUACUCUAGAAGUAUGACAUCACGGUGGAAGAUGCUGACUCAUACUUUGACAACACUCGACUCGGUAAUGAUAGUGAUCCUGAUAGGUAUCUUCGGGAUCUGGAUUUGGGGAUAAAAAGAUUGAAAACUAAAGAUGAAAUGCGCAGUGAUUUUCUGUUACACACAACUUACAAAGAAAAUAUACGCUUUGCGCACAAAAAGUGAUUUGAUACGACUGAUUAACAGAAGUAAGAGCUUUGAACAAACCUGUCAUCUUUUGUGGUACCUACAAAUUCGAAUGCGAUCCCCCUAUAUUCUUGACCCGCUGCUCCUGUAAUGCUCUUUUGAUAUUCCUAGAAGACCCACCCGUGUUAGUGUUUUGCGCCAUAAUUAUGGAACAUCAUCCACAAAGACCGAUUAUAUCUAGUGACGCACUCGCACGAACUCCCCAAAGGCAAGGAUCUGUUGC